GUGAAGUCAAAUCCAAGCUUCUCCACUCUACAUUAUUUGCCUUUCCUUUUGUUUUUGUUGUUGUAUUUUGUGUAGGCCUAUAGCAGAGUUAACAUCAAAGCCUAUAAUUCAUUGUUAAUUUAGAACCAACAUUUGAUAUCCAUAACUUGAAUCUCUCAAUUUCAUACUUUGUAUCUUGUUUGACAAGAAAGAUAAGAAUUGUCUUAUUUGAGCAAACUAUCAUCACAAUUUCAUAGCUAGUUGUAUUCAAUGGGGAAAGGAGGUGGUUGUGUACCAAGCAAGAAGAAGGCACCAAUUUUAGACACAGAAAAGAAUGAUCCUGUCAGUGUUAGUGUUGAAGUUCCAAUUCAAAAUAAUGAUGCAGCAAUUAGUAUAAGCCAAGAGGCGAAAAAGCUGAAAGUUUUCAUUGUGUUCUACUCAAUGUAUGGCCAUGUGGAGUCACUAGCGAGAUCCUUGAAGAAAGGGGUUGAAUCCAUUGAAGGAGUUGAAGGGGUUCUAUACCGUGUGGUGGAAACACUGCCUAAGGAGGUCUUGGAACUCAUGAAGGCACCUGAGAAGGAUGAUCAGGUGCCACUGAUAUCUGCAGAGGAGUUGGUGGAGGCUGAUGGGGUGCUGUUUGGGUUUCCGACAAGAUACGGCACCAUGGCAGCACAGAUGAAGGCGUUUUUCGAUUCAACAGGGCAGCUGUGGAAGGAACAGAAGCUGGCGGGUGUUCCUGCUGGCUUCUUUGUUAGUACCGGCACUCAGGGCGGUGGCCAAGAAACCACGGCUUGGACAGCAAUUACACAGUUAGCCCACCAUGGAAUGCUGUAUGUUCCUAUUGGUUAUUCCUUUGGUGCUGGAAUGUUUGAAAUGGACUCCAUUAGAGGUGGAUCUCCAUAUGGUGCUGGAGUUUUUGCUGGUGAUGGCUCAAGGCAACCAAGUGAAACAGAGCUGGCCCUUGCUGAGUAUCAAGGAAGCUACAUGGCUACAAUAGUCAAGAAAUUGGGCCAGAAAAGCUAGAUUUUAUAUGAUCAAAUUCUUAUUGUAAGAGUUGUUAAACUAUAGCAUGUUCUGACCAGCUUGUUUUUUUUCAAAAUCAAUUCAAGCAUCCAUAAGUGUGCUCCGGUAAACUUCUCCUCAUAAUUGAUUUUGAAUCAAUUGUGGAAGGACUUUCAAACACGCACUAGUUUUCCAUCUAUAUCCCAACAGCUCAAAGAUUCAUUGAAUUCUAUGAUGAUAUUCCAAUGUUGUGUAUAGUAUUGGUCCAAGAUCUGCAUAUGCUUGUCUUUCUCUCUUGGGGCAAGAAAACAUGUACACUAUGUAAACUUCACACAAUCAUACUUUUGAUUCUGCCAAUUUUUGUAUCAGCAAAUACUUGUAAAGGGAAUCUUUCAUACCGGAUCACUUUUCUUUUCAUUUCCUA